AUGGCUGAUCAAUCCGGGCAAUACAGCAAGUGGUUCAUGAAGUCUAUUGGCCACGAAGGUCUCAACAAUCUUCUCGUGGCUUACGAGGACAAGUCGGCCAAGGCCGUGUGCACAUUUGGCUUCUCCAAGGGCCCCGGCCACGAGCCCAUUCUGUUCCAGGGCAUUACAGAUGGCAAGAUUGUACCCGCCAGAGGUCCGGCCUACUUUGGCUGGGAUCCCAUCUUUGAGUACCAAGGCCAGACAUAUGCCGAGAUGGACCAGGUAGAAAAGAACAAGAUUUCGCAUCGUUACAAGGCACUAGAGAAACUGCGAGUCUGGGUAGAGAAUGGAAUGAAGGACGAAUAG